CUGUCGCGCUGCUGCUUCUUCGUUUCUAUGGAGACGGGACGACUCGAAACCGGAGCUCCUAGCAAGCAAUAUUCAGUGUUGUGUAUUUUCAUUACCUAAAGAGACAUAAAAGUGUACUUUGGGUGUAUAAAAAGGCGUCGCUCAAAGAUAACAUUGCUUUAUCUUGGAAACAGAAUGAUUCUGCGCUUCGAGCUUUGUUUACGUCUUACUGGCUCCGGUAAUGUCGAAUACUGAAGCUGGUUUUCAACUGGGUGUUGAGGCAGGAAAAUCCAUGUUCCAAAGAUGUCACAUUUUUCCAGCGAGGAUGAAGUGGAGCUCCAGUCCCUGUUGAGACACUUGCUUGAGAGUGUGAAAGAGAGAAUCAGAGGUGCACCUUCUGCUGAGUGUGCAGAAGAGAUUCUUCUCCAUCUGGAGGAAACGGAUGAGAAUUUUCAUAACUAUGGGUUCAUCAUGUAUCUACGGCACUAUGUUGAGAAUAUGCUGGGUUCAGUCAUUGAAGCAGAAACAGAGUGCUGUGCAAGUGGUGAAGGUCAGGGAGUUGGGCCGGGUCAGGACACGCUGGUUCAUGCUGUCACAAGGAGGACCCGAGAAUCCAACGAAUACAAAGAAAUGAUCCUGUCAUUGAAAAAUACCAUGAUGGUGGCGGUGGAGUCUCUGAUUAAUACAUUUGAAGAAGACAAGUUGAGGAAAGAGGAGACACAUGGCAAAAGCCAGCAUGAGCAGCUCAGCAGUCAUUACACCGACAACUGCUCAGACAGCGACUGCUCUUUCAAUCAAAGUUAUGCUUUUAUAAAGCAAGAGCAGCUUCAGGCUAUUGCAGAAAAAAUAGACUCUAGUCAACCCAAAGAGGUCCGGUGGGAGGCCCUGCAGACCCUGUGCUGUGCCCCUCCCUCUGACGUGCUCAGCUGUGAGAGCUGGACUGGCCUUCGCAGAAACCUCUCUGCCGCCCUGGGAGACCCCGACCCUGCCUUCAGUGAUAAGGUUCUAAAGUUCUAUGCAAAGACCUUUUCAUCUUCACCAUUGAAUAUAACAAGAGAAAUCUAUACUAGUUUAGCUAAACAUUUGGAGUCAGUCUUCCUUUCACAGAAAACAAGCUUUUCUACUGCCGCUGGAUUGGACAUAAGCAAUCAAGAUGUUGCACGCCUGCUAAAAAAAAUGAGAUUGUUAAAUGAGUUCCAAAAGGAAGUGACAUCAUUUUGGAUUCGAAACCCAGAGAAGUAUAUGGAAGAGAUAAUAGAGAGCACUCUGUCGCUCUUGUCAUUAAAUCUUGACCAGAGUCUAAAGACAACAAGCGCUGACAAGGUCCUGGAGCCCAUCUACUUUCUUUCCAUGCUAGACAUCAAAGCUAAUUGGUUUAAAAAGUGGAUGCAUGGCUAUUACAGCAGGACAGUGGUCUUGAGACUCCUUGAAAAUAAGUACAAGUCUUUGAUUGUUGCAUCUCUUCAGCAAUGCAUUAAUUAUUAUGAAUCCUGUGAGUCUUCUUGUGAUAAGACAUCCAACAUUGCACAUGUGAGGCAACAACAGCAGACAGGGACCACCCAGAGGAUGUUUUACACAGCCAGACAGUUAGAAUAUACAUAUUUUGUUCAUUCAGUCUGUCUGCUGGGAAGGCUGCUUAUGUACACUCACGGGAGAAAACUUUUCCCCAUAAAACUGAAAAGAAGAAAAGAUCCAGUGACUCUGACAGACCUGAUAGUGAUUCUAAUCAGAAUAAUGUACAGACAUCCAAUUCCAUAUUACAGUGAAAUCCCACAUGUUGAUUCCCUUUCACCAGCAUGCCUUGUGAUGGAUGUUCUGAGAACUCUCUGUGACCGUAAAGAGUGUGCAGUGGAGUGCUUGUAUGCUAUUGCUGUCAUUGAACUGCUUUUGUCUCCCAUCAUUGCCCUACUCAAAGGAAAGCAGGUGAAUUUAACCUCCCCUGAGACAACAUUGACUCACAUAGCUGAUAUAUUGGCAAGAAUUGCAACUACCGAACGGGGACUUUCCCUUUUCCUAUACGAUGGAAACUUCAUUUACACUGAAGGAGAAGGCAUUUCAGCAGCACAUGUGAUUGUUCAGUUUACCAAAAAGCUACUUGCUGAUAAGAUCUCUGUUUUGUCGGAAGCUGGGCCAUUAACCAGCUUGAAAGGAGCCUUCAUCUUUGUCUGCCGUCAGAUGUACAACACAUGUGAGGGACUUCAGGUGCUCAAACCAUACGGCCUCCACGACUGCAUAGCUGAAGCUUGGAAACAGACAGUUUCCUUGUCAGAAAGAGUUCCAACUCCAGUUCCAGGAGAUUGUUCAAGUUCAGCUACUCAGGAUUCACAAAAUAACAUGGUCUGGGAAGAGACUUUACUGGACAAUCUCUUAAAUUUUGCUGCAACCCCAAAGGGGCUUCUGCUCCUUCAGCAGACUGGAGCCAUCAAUGAAUGCGUCACCUAUAUGUUCAGCAGAUUCACGAAAAAGCUGCAGGUCAGCAGAUGUGAGAAAUUUGGUUAUGGAGUGAUGGUUACACAAGUAGCAGCAACGGCUCCUGGAGUGGCAGCAAUCUGGAGUUCAGGGUUUGUCCAAGCAAUUGUUUUGGAAUUAUGGUCUGUUCUUGAAUGUGGAAGAGAUGAGGUGAGGAUGAUUCAUCCAAAAUCCACUCCAAUGGAUCCUAUUGAUAGAAGCUGUCAAAAGUCAUUUCUUGCUCUGGUCAAUCUGCUGUCUUCUUACUCUGCUGUAUACGAGCUACUUGUUAAGCAGGAGCUUCCAAACAAGCCUGAAUACCCCCUGCGAGAGAUGCCCACCUCCAUCAUUGACUUAAUUGACAGACUGAUAAUAAUUAAUUCAGAGGCUAAAAUACACUCAUUGUUCAACUUUGAGCAAUCACACACAUUUGGCCUCAGAAUUCUGAAUGUGGUGUGCUGUAAUCUGGAUUCACUGUUACUCUUGGAAUCACAGUACAGAAUCUCUGAAAUACUGCUUCAGAGCCAAAAGGACAAUGUGAGUGAAUCUUCUGGAAGUGAAGGGCAAUUCAUCAUUGACGGAUUGUCCAUAGAAAGGAAUCAUAUUCUUGUACGGAUUAACUUGAUUGGUGGGCCAUCGGAGCGUUUUUUGCCACCUAGAGUUCUACAGAAGGGCCCUGACCCAUAUCCUUGGCCCAUGUUUUCAACAUACCCACUACCAAACUGUUACCUUCACGAUGUUCCGAAGAUAGUUCCUUGUAAACAAGAAACUGAGAUCAGUAAAUUCCUGGCGUUUUCAAAGAAUCCAGAAAAACAAGCAAACUGGAUGGAAACCUGCAGGAAACAGUUCUGUAAGGCGAUGGCCACCAAGCCAGAUAUCAUCAAAGGGAAUGUUCUGGCUGAUUUACUUGAAAAAACUACCAUACAUCUUUCAUCCAGUCCUUCAGAGUGCUUCUUCCUUUCUCAAGAUUACAAAGCACUUGAUAGCAGUGUUAAGAAUCAAAACCUAUCAACUUUGGAGCAGCUCGGGAUUAAAAUGUCUAUCAGAUAUGGCAUGUACUUAAAAUUGAUUAAAGAAGACGUGGAGCAGGAACUUUGUCUGCUUAUGAAACACUGCCAGACAUUUCUGAGUCAGCAACAAAUAAAAGUUAAAUCACCUCUUUAUUGUCUGCUGGGAGCUUAUCCUGGCCAUGACUGGUUUGCAUCUUCUGUGUUUCUGAUAAUGUCUGGAGACAAGGAGAGAGCAUUAAAAUUUCUACUGCCAUUCUCCAACCUUCUUGCCUCAGCAUUUUUGUGGCUGCCCAGACUACAUGCUUCUGUCCACCAUCCCGUUGAUAUUGCGGAAUCUGGGAUCCAUCCUAUUUACUCCUGCACUGCUCAUUACGUAGAGAUGUUGUUGAAGACAGAAGUGCCUCUAGUUUUCUCUGCUUUCCGAAUGUCAGGUUUCACCCCUUCACAGAUAUGUCUGCAGUGGUUGGGACAAUGCUUUUGGAACUACCUGGACUGGCCAGAAAUCUGCCAUUACAUCUGUACCUGCAUUGUCAUGGGUCCUGAUUACCAGACCUACAUUUGCAUCGCUGUUCUAAAACACCUAGAGGAGGAGAUCCUUCAGCACACUCAGGUCCAGGACCUUCAGGUGUUUUUGAAAGAAGAACCCAUCCAUGGUUUCAGCAUCAGCAAUUACUUGGAAUACAUGGAGAGCCUGGAGCAGAAGUACAGGACAAUGGUUUUGACAGACAUGAAGAAUAUCAAACUGAAAAGUUAAUAGGAUUAAUAGAUGUCAUCAAUGCACAUCUUCAUGAUGUUCAUAACGGUGACUCUCUGUCUUACUUGCAGUGUUGGUUUAUUGGUAUUAAUGUUUUGAUGGGAGUGCUGUGCUUGGUAGAUCUAAGCCCCAUUGAACAUUUACAGGGUAAGCUAUGGUGGUGUGGCACCUAGCUUCUAACUGCAAGGUGCAACAAUGAUCAGAUCCUGUGUUACCUGUGGGCUCAUCCAGACAUGGCAACAUUUCAAUAGGAGAGCACAGGUCUUCAUGCUGUUUGUGUAACAACAGGUCUGUUCCAAGCUGGGGAGCAGCUAGCUGUAGAUGCCAUGCUUGCCUGGCUUGAGCCCCAGUGAGCGUUUGUGGGAUGAGCUGUUACAAUACUUGUCAUCUUGGUCUGACCGUGGAAAAAGAACAUGUUUGUACAGGCUGUAUGACAGGAAAAGUACAAGACUUCAUAACCUAAAGCAAAGCAGUAUUGUUAGAUACACACCUUGUAUUGUCUCCAUAUCACAAAUGGCUCUGUAUGCUAGUAUCCCCUGACUGUCACCUAGUUUCCCCAGGUUGCUCAGCUGUAUUGAUGGCCAGUGUUAAUCAGCACAAUGAGCUCACUACAAUGCCAGCAACAAAAAUAAUUUUCCUGAUUAAAAAAAAAAACAUAACUUUGUUGAAGUUAUAAGCACUGUUUUGUAUUGUCAUAUUUUGAUAUAUUGCAAUUAAUACUUAUUGUCUUCAAAUUGACUUUUUUUAAUUGAGAAGGUUGAAUGUAAGGAAAAACAAAUGCCAGCUUUAAUACAGUAGAUAUACAAAGUGAAAGUAUUCAGGUCCCUAAGACAACACAUGACGGAUGCAAUUUUGUCAGCAAAUACGGCUAUGCGUCUUUGUUGGAUAGGUCUCUGGCAGUUGUGCACAAUAAUUGGUUUUUGUUUUGCCCAUUUUUGGUCACUUCUGCUGGUUUGUUGGCCACCCUGCUUCUGGCUUUGUACUUCAGGUCACUGUUCUGCUGGCCAAUGAAUCGGUCACCCAGUUGGAGAUUUCUGGGUGUCUGGAGCGGCUGGCCGCAGCACACACAACCUGUUGAUUAAUGCUGCAAUGAUUAAUGUUACAGCUCAUUGCUCUCUGUCUGCACUGAGCACUAUUUUUGGUCUAAUUCCACUCUCCUGGUUCAACCAAGCCUCACCAGCACAGGAGAACAACAUUUGCCUCUUGCUCUUGAACACUAAUUAUGCAAACCUGGCUGUGACAGAGGAGUCGGAUCACACCCUUUCUGCAGACCAGUUGCUAGCUAUUUCCUGAAGGUGCACAUUGGGUUCGACUGGUGACUGCUGUUAUAAGUUAUUUGUUAAUUACCAGAUGCAUACAUGGUAAUUGUCCAUUCGUUUUGUUUUGUGUUGCUGUUGUGUGAAUGGAGAGCGCUCUCACUGAAUGAUACUGUGUCUGUCUGUUGUUCGAGACUUCCAGGUAUGCCAGCCUAUGGUGGUUUCGAAGGGCCAAACCUUAUCCCCAGUUUGAGGUUUAUUUAUAGUGUAAUGGGAAGAGCCACAUGCAUGUGUAAAGGGGGGUAAUUCCAUUUUUGUUUUCUAUAUGAAAAGGGUAAAAAAAAGUGGUAACAUGUUUGGGAUAUAUCGGUUUUUCUCUUUCCUUUGUGAAUAGACUGAAUGAACUUCAGAAUUGUGAACGAUUUUGUAUGUAAAAAGAUAAUGUAACAUGAUUCCAUUCCAGGGGGAGGGGCUUACACACAAUAUAAGCUGCUCCUCAGGCCAGUAGGGGGCCGGUGGGUUGGUGGGUAGGUGGGUGUGUUGGAGACCGUGGAAUGUUCUGGAGUGUCGAAGUAUGUGUACAGAGUUCUAACUGGUUUUGUGGUGGUUUCAUUCCUGAUUUCAGAACUUUCAGAAGGUAAACCUUUUUUUUUUCAUUUUUCUUGUUGGGAAGAGGAGCACCAUAAAUAAAUUGCACCUGAUAUAUCAGAGUGCUUUGCGGCAGUGCCAUCAUUUCAGAAAACGGACCUACUCUGACCACUGCUCAGCCUAUUUUGCAACACUGGCCCUGCUGGAUUGUUCUGUAUAUAAAUGAAAGUAAAAAGACCCAUUUCUUCUUUGUAGUUUAAACGUAUUUUAGAAUAAUUAGUGCAUUAGAACUUGUAUUUAUAGUAGUGCAUGAAUAAAAUGGCAGAGUAUGAAAAUAUGGUGAUUAAAAUGCAUUGAUUCAGGUUUUGAAAGGGUAUAAAAGGAAGUACUGUAACUACAUUUUAUGAAUUAUUUAAUACUUAUUCUAAUUUUGAAAGUAACUUUUUAUUGAGAAGUGGCUUCAUUGCUCUAUGGACAGCAUUCAUCAACAAAAUAGUAUUCUUAGAAACAAUGCAAUUAGCUAAUCAUUCCCUGCUGUACUCUAUAUAAACUGAGUUAUUAGAUUCAAACUGAAAAAGAAAAUUUGAAACAAGGUAGCAUCUUUGAAAAAGAAUGAAUGCAAAAAUAACUGACACCCUCUACUGAAAGUGUUUUCAAUAUGCACAAGGAAAUAAACUAGGUCAAAAAUGGUUCUAGUUUGCAUCAAAAACACUCAUUUUUAGCUUCAGAGGGUACAAUGUGAGAAUGCUAUAGUGCUAUAGUGUCUGACCUGUAACUGUAGGUUGACCUUACAUUUUAAAUAUGUACUGUAUAUUAAUGUAUGUUUUUCAUAAAGUAGUUUAACUUAUUGACUACAUUUAGUAUCAAAAGAUGUAAAAGUGUGGUCCAGCAUUGUGUGUCAUUGUGAUUAACAGAAUAUGGUUUGCAUAACAGCCAUUCAUUUAAAAUAAUAUACUUUAUAAUUGUUCCCACAUAUCUGCCACCAAUGAAAUAAACCAUGUCUUCUGA